GAAAGAGAGAGACGCGCGAGAGGGUGUAUGUGGGGUGAGACUUGAGAAAUAGGAGGGGCUUCUGAACGACUAGAAAUGUCAAUCAGAGCAAGGAGUCCCAAUAAUCUAAGGCAAUCUGUAAGGACCUGACCUUAGUCCAUUCAGAUCAAUAGGGAAGUGAGGGAGGAAAGCGCAAUCGGAUCAUUUACACUGGCUGUUUCAGAGGAAAUAUAGACUUCCCUUACACUUUGUACUCACUGUACAGUGGAUAUCUUAGAACGCACUAAGAGGGUGACUUCCCGUUUUUCGUGAUUGCAGCACGCUUUUUCCCCGCGACAAUGUCUUUCCCGCAGCUGGGAUAUCAGUACAUCCGACCGAUAUACCCACAGGACCGUCAGGGGAUCGCAAGCGCCCGACCCGGGACAGAGUUGAGCCCGUCCGGAGCUCUCUCCAACGUUCUCUCAACUAUGUACGGAUCACCUUUCGCUGCAGCGCAGGGCUAUGGAGCCUUUCUUCCUUAUUCUAAUGAUCUCUCCAUUUUCAACCAGUUGGGUGCUCAGUACGAGCUGAAAGACAGCCCAGGCAUUCAGCACCCUGGCUUUGCUCACCACCCAGCCUUCUAUCCGUACGGCCAGUAUCAGUUUGGUGAUCCAUCCAGACCCAAAAAUGCAACCAGGGAGAGCACCAGCACCCUGAAGGCCUGGCUGAGCGAGCACAGGAAAAACCCGUAUCCUACUAAGGGGGAGAAGAUCAUGCUGGCCAUCAUCACCAAAAUGACCCUCACUCAAGUGUCCACCUGGUUUGCCAACGCCAGGAGGAGGCUAAAGAAGGAAAACAAGAUGACUUGGACCCCGAGGACCCGCACUGAUGAAGAAGGAAAUGUUUACAGCAGCGAUCAUGAGGGAGACGAGGGGGACAAGAGGGAAGACGAGGAAGAAAUCGAUUUAGAAAAUAUUGACACGGAAAAUAUCGAAAACAAGGAUGAUUUGGACGACCAGGACGAACUGAACGCCGAUUUGAAAGACGGCAGAAGCGAUUCGGAAAUUUCGGACGGCUAUGAGGAUUUACAGGGGGCAGACCAAAGGUUUCUAAAAUCUGUGGUGAAAGAGGGCAAGGAGAUUCACGUGGAGCGGGAUGAUCACUUCCACCAUCACCACCACCACCACCACUCAUUUGAAAUCAAAGCGCCACAGCCAAACGGCGACCAAAUGAAACUGAACCCCGCGUCCACCAACUCGCCCCCGUCAGAAAACAACGCGGCCCCAGCCCAGAAACCAAAGAUUUGGUCGCUGGCUGAGACAGCUACAACCCCGGACAAUCCUAGAAAAUCUCCACUAAUGAAUGGGAGCUCUGCUGGGCCUGCUGCCCAGACCAUCAUCGCUCCACACAGACUCAUCUCAUGCCCUGUUGGGAAAAUCCAGAACUGGACAAAUCGAGCUUUCUCAGCCCAUCAGCUUGCGUUACUUAACUCAAACCAUUACCUCGGACUGGCAAACCAAGCCACGGCGAACGGCCUAGCUCUGUACAGCAGACACGCGGAAGAGAAGAGUCAUAAUUCAGACUCAGCUGUUACAGAAAGAUCUAGUGCCUUGGAAGCAGAGAAAAAGUUGUUAAAAACAGCCUUCCAUCCAGUUCAAAGACGGCCUCAGAACCAACUCGAAGCGGCGAUGGUUCUAUCCGCGCUCUCCUCCUCGUAGGGUCUCUUGUGAUUUUUCUAUUUCCUUUGAAUCUGUUGUAAGGAAUGUAAAAUAAGAAUAUUACAUCUCUGUAUACUUACCUUGUAAGCAUGUCCAGUGUAAAACUGCUAAUGUUAUAAUGUAUGAACAUGUAGUCUGUGAGUUUUUCCUUUUUUUCUUUUUGUAAGUUCUGUGAGGAUUUGAUGUUGAAAUGUUUUGUAUAUAACGUAAAGAAAAUGUACAUACUUGUGAACCAAAUUGUACAAGAAAGUCUAUAUUUUGGCUAAUAAAUGAACUGCUGCAACUUUACAACUA